UCCAUUAUGUUUGUUUCUUUCAUUCUACUAUGUAUCUGUGUUUUCUACUUUAUUCUCUGUCUCAAAUGUCAGAGACCCAAGAACUUUCCUCCAGGGCCUCAUCCAUUACCGAUACUGGGGAACCUGUUGAACCUUAGCCUCGACAACCCCAUCGGGGACUUUGAGCGGCUGAGGACGUGCUACGGAAACGUCUACAGUCUCUUCUUCGGAUCCAAACCGGUCGUAGUCAUCAAUGGGUUGCAGGCAAUGAAGGAGGCCAUGAUAACUAAAGCUGCUGAUUUUGCCGGGCGACCCCAAAACAUUUUUAUUAGUGACCUCGACCACAAUGGAAUGGCUAUGGCUGAUUACGGCCCUGGUUGGAAGGAGCAUCGUCGCUUCGCUCUGAGGACCUUCAGGAGUUUAGGUCUGGGGAAGCAGUCCAUGGAGCAGAGGAUUCUAGGGGAGAUACAGUACACAAUGGAAACACUGGAAAGUAGCAUUGGUACGAUGAUGAGUCCGCAGAUCAUGUUUCAUAAUGCGGCCUUCAAUAUCAUCUGCCAGGUCCUGUUCGGAACACGUUAUGGCUAUGACGACAAUUUCUUCAAAGUGGUUGUUCAGUGCUUGAAAGAAAACUCCCAGUUACUUAACGGACCAUGGGCUAUGCUGUAUGACUCUGUUCCCAUUAUUCGAAACCUGCCGCUGCCCUUCAUGAAGGCGUUUAAGAACACUGAGACUUCUAAGAAACUUAUAACUCAUCUGGUCACUGAGCACAAAGAGACCAGGGUCCCUGGGCAACCGCGGGACUUUCUCGACUGCUAUCUGGAUGAACUGGAGAAGAGAGGCGAUAAUAGCUCCUCUUUCUGUGAGGAUCGACUCAUCGUGUUUGCUCUGGAUCUUCACUUCGCUGGUACUGACUCCAUGUCCAACACCCUGCUCACUGGCUUCCUCUAUCUCAUGACCUACCCACAUAUACAAGAGCGAUGUCAGCAGGAGAUAGACCGAGCAUUGGAAAAGAAGGAUCAUGUCAGUUACGACGAUAGACACAACAUGCCUUACAUGCAGGCUGUGAUCCAUGAAGUCCAAAGGAUAGCCAACACCGCCCCUUUCAGUGUCUUCCACUGUACAACAACUGACACACAGCUCAUGGGAUAUUUCUUACCAAGGGGUACAAUGAUCAUCCAAAACAUGAACUCGGUGCUGAGCUCGGAGGAACAAUGGAAAUUCCCUCAUGAAUUCAACCCUGAAAACUUCCUCAAUGACCAGGGAGAGUUCGUUAAGCCCGAGGCAUUCAUGCCUUUCUCUGCAGGUCCUCGUAUGUGUCUCGGAGAAGGUCUGGCUCGUAUGGAGCUCUUCCUCAUCAUGGUGACCCUGCUGAGGAAGUUUAAGUUCGUCUGGCCGGAGGAAGCAGGACAGCCAGACUACACCCCUGUGUACGGGAUCACUCUGUCCCCUAAACCCUACAGCAUGAAGGUCCAAGUCAGGGACACGCAGUAG